CUCUAGUCGCCAGUUGUCUAUGGCAGGCAGGGUGGCCGCCUUAGCUGCCGGAGGUUCCGCGCUCUCUACGGCCCUGGGUGAAGCCCCACCUCUGCUGCGCGCAGCCUGCGGUGCGGGUCAUGGCGCGGCUACCGAAGCUGGCAGUCUUUGAUUUGGAUUACACUCUCUGGCCUUUCUGGGUCGACACGCACGUAGACCCUCCGUUCCAUAAGAGCAGUGAUGGAACUGUACGAGAUAGGCGGGGCCAAGACGUCCGACUGUACCCGGAGGUGCCAGAGGUCCUAAAACGACUGCAGAGCCUUGGGGUGCCCGGUGCGGCUGCUUCAAGGACAAGUGAGAUAGAAGGGGCCACCCAGCUACUAGAGCUCUUUGACCUCAUCAGGUACUUUGUUCAUCGGGAAAUCUAUCCAGGCAGCAAGAUCACACACUUUGAGAGGUUGCAGCAGAAGACUGGAAUUCCUUUCUCCCAGAUGAUCUUCUUUGAUGAUGAGAGGCGGAAUAUUGUAGACAUCAGCAAACUGGGUACUGAGUGAUGAGGAACAGCCAUUUGGGGUCCCUAGGAGGGAUUAGGUGUUACCUGCAUUCACAUCCAGAAUGGAAUGAAUCUUCAAACUCUAAGUCAAGGGUUAGAGACAUUUGCGAAGGCCCAAACUGGGCCUUGAGGUCCAGCCUUGAGGAGAGCCCAUUUGAGGCCUAAACUGAAAGGAAAUCAAGAAGGCAUUUUCAGGUGCAUUUGUAAUUUAUUAAAGUUCAUCUGUGUGUGACAGAAGAGAUUUUACCCACAGUGUGGGGAGUUUCUAUUUUUCUAGCCUGUGAAAUGGGGUUGGUUGUCCUGAGGUGCAGAGACCAGAAUGUGAGACAUUAGACUGCAUCAGGUUUGCCAUCUAAACUUAGGGCAACCCCAAGCGCUUGAACCUAUACCACCCCACUUUCCUGAGCUCUGUAAAGAGCAUGAAGUUUUCCCACUGACCCCAUACACUGAGGUGCCAUCACACUGCACAUUUCCUUCCGGAGAACAAGUACAUACUCUGGGGUGGAGAUAGAACUGUCUUUUUAUGUAAUAGAAAAUGAUGUGGCUGCUUUAAGAGGAGCACGUCGGUCUGGGGCUGGUGGCUUGGGUCACGUGACAGCGGUGGUCUCAUUUGCGCCUCUUGAUGAUGUCGCGGCGGCGCCCUGAGGAGGGAUUGGGCAAGGCUGGUCCUGUGUGAUGAGACAUCACCCUCCCAGGAGCAAGGCGGAAGUCUGGAGGACGCCGAGGGGCGGAGGCGGGAGAGGCGAGCUCGCGAUGAGUGGUCUCGGCAGGCUCUUCGGGAAGGGGAAGAAGGAGAAAGGGCCAACCCCUGAAAAAGCAAUACAGAAACUGAAGGAGACAGAGAAGAUACUGAUCAAGAAACAGGAAUUUUUGGAGCAGAAGAUUCAACAGGAGCUACAAACAGCCAAGAAGUAUGGGACCAAGAAUAAGAGAGCUGCCUUACAGGCUUUGCGGAGGAAGAAAAGAUUCGAACAGCAGCUGGCACAAACUGACGGGACAUUAUCCACCCUGGAGUUUCAGCGUGAGGCCAUUGAGAAUGCCACUACCAAUGCAGAAGUUCUUCGUACCAUGGAGCUUGCUGCCCAAAGCAUGAAGAAGGCCUACCAGGACAUGUGGGGACAUUGACAAGGUAGAUGAACUGAUGACUGACAUCACGGAACAACAGGAGGUGGCCCAGCAGAUCUCAGAUGCCAUUUCUCGGCCUAUGGGCUUUGGAGAUGAUGUGGAUGAGGAUGAACUGCUGGAGGAGCUAGAGGAGCUGGAGCAGGAGGAAUUGGCCCAGGAGUUGUUAAAUGUGGGCGACAAGGGGGAAGAACCCCCAGUCAAAUUGCCUAGUGUACCUUCUACUCAUCUGCCGGCAGGGCCAGCUCCAAAAGUGGAUGAAGAUGAAGAAGAACUAAAGCAGUUGGCUGAGUGGGUAUCCUGAUAAAUCUGGGCUUGUUUUCCUAA